AGGAGGGGAGGAAAUGAACAAUGGAGGGGAAAUGAUCACUAACCUGCAAUGUUAGCUGUCAACAUCCAGUGCAACAGCCUGUCUGGAUCUCAUUAGAGCUGAGGUGGGCGUGUGGAGCCUCUGACCCUCUCUCGCCCACUCUCUUCCUCUUGUCUCUCCCUCUUUGCUGCAGCUUCAGGGGGGCUAUGGAUGGACUGCGUUUACCUCCACUCAUCGAGGAGGCUUUGGACUCUACAGAUGACCCGUGCGAUCUAAAAGCAGAGUGCAGCCCCACCAUGGACAACGAAAUCACAGCCAAGGAGAGAGGAGUUCUGGAGGAGAACAACGAGAAGGAGGAGAUGGACCAGGAGGGAGCCCAGGAGGAAGAAGGGGAGGAGAAGAAGAUGAAGGAGGAGGAAGGCGAAGGGGAGGAGAAGAGGAGGAAGGAGGAGCCACUGACAGAGGAGCAGGAGCUGGAGGAGCUGAGGGCCCAGGUGCUUCAGCUGCUGCUGGAACUGGACGAUGCCAGAGAGACCUCCAACAAGCACCAGGAGGCGUUUCAUGAGCUGCAAGGUCUGUUGGAGGACGAGCGUCUGGCCAGUGCACACCAGGCUGAAGCCUUCACACGCCAGAUCCAGAACCUGCAAGCCCAGCUUCGCUCUGUGCAGGAGGAGAUGGACAGCCUGGAGGAGGAGAAGGAGAGUGAGCUGGCUGAGGCACAGGAGGAGCUGCGUGUAGCCCAGGAGGAGGUGCUCCUGCUCCAACAAGCAGCGGAGGAGGCAGCUGGAGAGAGGGAGAAUGACAUCGCCUCACUGCAGGAGGAGCUCUGUCGCCGGCGGGCCGAGCUGCAGCGUCUCAGCGAGGAGACGCAGGAGUAUGACUUGGAGAUCACCACACUGAGGGCAGAGAUCAGCAUGAAGAGCCAGCGCAGGGAGGCUGAGAGGAGAGAGGGUGAUGUAGACCUGCUGAAGGAAGAGUGCCGUGUGCUAAAGGAUGAGUGCCAGACUCUGAAGGAGGACAACAGACGCAUCUCUGAGAGGCUGCAGCUGCUGCAGAGACAGAGGACAUGCUCCAGUGUGUACCUGUCACUGAAGGAGGAGGAGGAUGUAGGGGAAAGCACAGAGGGGAAGGAGACAGAGACCGGCUCCGAUGAGGUCAUGACAGAGAGCUACAUGACCAUGGCCCAGUCUGAGAACUGUCGCCUGGUGGACGCCUCCAUCCAGAAAAAUAUUUCAUUCGACGGGAAGCCUAUGACACCAACCGGCUGGAACGGAGGCAUCGGAGAGGUCUUCUCCCUGAGGGACCAGCUGAAGCAGGCGGAGGAGAAGGCCUCACAGGUUCAAAGAGAGUGUGACGGUCUGAAGAUGGAGCUGCAGGAGCUGCAGGUACUUUAUGACAGCAGCCAGAAGGAGAGAGCCGAGCUGGAGGAGGAGCUGCAGCGCUGCAAGGCAGAGCUGGAGAAGCUGUCGGAGGGGGCGCAGAGAUUCAUCCAUUCGUCUGAGCACCCUGUUCUCUCCAUCCCCUUCAUAGGAAUGAUUGUAAUAAUGGCUGUGGUCUGGUGCUGGUUGUCGGAGCUGGCGUCCCAGAGGGCAAGGGGAGUGAGGUAGGUUGGAACUCCAUUUUGACAAUCACUGCUGCCACAGCAGUGCUGCUAAUGAUGACUAGCUUGUUGAGAGCUUUCGUCCGAUGUUGAUUGGAUGGGCAACAACUGCACAAGGACAGACGUCUGCUUCAGGCCAACCCUUGUUGUCUCCGGCCAUGUCUAUAGACUGAACUGGAAUACUCUAGAUGUAAUAGAGCUGACUGACAACUGCAUAGAAAAUGUGUAGAAAAAUUUGUCUCGACUGAGAAGGUACUACAUCCAGGCACAGACUGAGAAUGAUGUGCUCAGUAUGAUUUGAGAUUGAAGGCUGCUGUGAUGAUGGGUCGACCUGCAGAGAGCCCACAUGAGGAUUUCCCUCCACUAAAUGUAUGCUAGUGCUGCGUCAUUCCUCCGUGGUGUCUGUGAAUAUUAUGUUUCUUUCCUUUAGCUAUAAAUGUGAUUAGAGAGGGGUUGGAUUAUUAAUGUGCACCAGAUGGUUUCGAAGUUAUUUAAACAUUAUUUAUUCAUUUGUUUGUUAAAAUAUGUUCACAGAUGUCUUUGAUAAAAUAGAUAUGCAGUCUGGCCUUUGCUGCACUGAAAUCCCUAAGGUGUAAAAAUGCCUCUAAAAUAUUAACAGAAAUGACAGUUCGUUUCACUUUUUCAGUUUGCUUUUAAGUGCUUCCCCAAAUACUAAUUCCAAAAAUUCCAACUGGAUUAAAUGCAGAAACUCUGAAUGAAAUGUCAUUUUAGUACCGAUCUUGCCCCACACAACUAAUUGAUGUCUAUCUAGUUUAGAUCCUUUUUCACCACUAAUGACAUACAAGGAGACCAGGAAUGGCUGAUGGUUCUCCUGUCAGUUUGAGACUGGUGUAUUAAGCUGAUGUUUAACCCAGUGUCACCCCUCAAGGCUGGAGCAGCUCUUCUUCACAGUGUGUUUUCGGUUUCAAUGCUUUGCUCCAGGAUCUGCCACUUAUACUCUUGUCCUUUUUUUGACUAUGAGCUAAGACAACUCCCACUGUCCCCUUCGAUUAACACUUAAAUCCAAGAUGCCAGAGAGGCAGUGCACUGUUCCUGGUUCCUCUUACUUGUUAGCACUCAGUUUUAAAAUUCCUAAAUGACAUCGUUAUGCUUACAGAGUGGUUUGCUGUUGUUUCUUGUGUGCUGAUCUAUAUAUCUCAGCACUUUUAAAAUCACAUUUGAAUGUGAUUUAGCUAUUCUAAUUACUGACAAUUACAUUAAAUUAUGACUUAUGUAAAUUAUUUCUCUCUCUUCAGCAGGAUUGCUUGGCUUUCCAAAGUGUUAUUUUAUUUCGAUUUCCUUGUAUGUCAAUCACCGGCAAGUGAAUCUAUUGACACAAGUAGAUGAAACCACUAAAUGAAGUAAAACUUGAGGUUUGUUUCUCAUGUGGGCAUUGUAGAAAUGGAUAUGAUUCCAAAAAUAUGUAAAUAUGAAAGUGUCAGAAAAUUGUAGUUUGUAAACGCAUCAAUGAUAAAAACAUAUAUGUACAUGUGGAAGGACUCUGAUUACUGUUUACAUUUGUGCACUGUUUUAUUUUUUCGUGUCUUUAAAACUGAAAACAGCAUGCUAAGAAACAUAUAAAAGCACAAAAGAUAACUUAUGUUGUUUCUGUUACUUUGUAUUUCAUGUAAAUAGAUGUGACAUACAGUACUAUGGGAGAGAUAUUUCUUGAAUCCAUUUGUACUAGCUUUGUAGAAAGUUUAUUCUAUUUUGAAAGAGCAUCGUAUAUUUGAUAGCCAAAUGAUAUCACGUUUAAAUGUUUAUUUAUAGUGACGUUAAUUAGAGGAACUGCUGGCAUUGCUAAUCAUUUUAUGUACCUCUUUGUUUAAAGGUUGAUGAGUCAUUGCAUGCAUUUUGAUUGCAUUUGACCUUAAUUGCCUGAGAGAGCAAUAUGACUCCAGUUUUUUCCCGUCUGUUUUAUUCAAAAAAUGUUUUCUGAAACAUUUGUCAUUAAAAAUAUGUAGAUAAGCAAUGCCUGACUAAUGUUAUUUCUGCAUAUGAACAUACACUAAGGAAGUUAUGUGCCACUGGACUGCAUAUGUUGUCACUGUCUCUUUCAAAAAUAAUCAGUUUGCAAUAAGAAAACAAAUUCCCGUUGACUGCAAUGGUUCAUAUGUGAAUGUUGUCUGAACCAAACUUUAUUUUUAUUUGAUCAGUAUUAACUUCAUCAUACUUUCACAAACUUCUGUGUUGCAGUGUUCCUCUGCUUGUUGCUUUGCAUACUGAUAGCAUUGUUGUUUUCGAUAUAGUUGUGGCUAUUUUGUUACCUGGAGGUCUAUUUUGUACUGUAAAUGACUUGAGAAAAUAAAUAUACUCACACCGCA